GUUUCUGAAGCUUUCAAUGAGAACCACAUGCAGGAUAGGGGAGGCAGGGCAGUGACUAAGCCUGCCUGGCUUAGAAGAACAAGAGCUGAAAGAUUCCCUCCUGACAUUUUCACCAGGCAGCGCAGGAGAGAGGACCUCAGAGGAAGCGUGUCUUUGAAAGAGAGGGAGAGAAAGGAGAAAAAAAAACUAAAGAUCCUUCCUGGAAACUUCACACCACUCUUCGGGAUUGUACAAGAAGAAAGGCUCCUUUAUAAACUGUGAAACGAGAGUUGUUUCACUCUGGGCUUUUUGUUCUGUUUAAAAAAAGUAAAGGGCUUCAGCAAAAGAUGUCAAGUGUUAUCCUCCGAAGAAAUUCGAGCAAGAAAGGUCUGCAGAACCUCUUAAGACUGACAGCACAGAGGAGCAUAGAGGAUGAGGAAGAGAUUGCCAGAGAGCGUCGACGAAGGGCUCGAGAGGCAUUUCGAAGCCAGACCUCCAGCAUGGGAGGACUUGUUUCAGAAGACGGCCAGCCAGCUGAGCACAGUCAGUAUGACAGUGAGCUGAAGUCCAGCGGCCAGGAGGGGCUGGAGGAGGACGAGGGCUUCAGCGACUGGACUCAGAAGCUGGAGAGGCGCAGACAGAAGCGACUGGAGGAGCAGUGCCAGGGGGCUGGGGAGAGGGUGCCCAGCACCGCGCCCACUCCGGAAAGCUGGAGAGAAACCGAGGAGCGAGAGGGUGAACUGCAGUGUGGUGACUGGGAGAGGAAGGCCAGCGAUGGGAGGGUCCUGGGGGAUGCUCACGGGUCCGGAGAAGGGGCCGGUAGACGGAGAGAGAGGGAAGACCAUGAGAGACCGUGGAAAGAUGAAGAAAGGCAAGCAGCAGACAAAGGGAAAGAAAAGGAUGACAAGGUUAAGGAAAAUAAGAAGGAGCUGAAGGUCACAUACAAAUCCAAAGUCUUCCUGCAACAGGAAGUGAGGCACAUCAACAGCAAUGGAGCUGCAGCUGAAGAGGAAGUGACAUCACAUUUAGUUCAAACUAAAAGGAUGCAGAGGAGCCUCAGCCAGUCCCAGGAGGCCGAGGAGGAGCAGGAGGUCUUCCUGGAGACCGAGCAGAAGCUGGAGAAGAUCCGGCGCAGCCACCAGGAGAAGGAGAGCCAGGAGUUCGAGCAGCUCAGGCAGAAGCAGCUGGAGGCCGAGGCGGAGCUGGAGGAGCUGAACCGGAGGCGGGAGCAGCGCCGGCGGCUCCGAGAGGAGGAAGAGCAGCGGCGGGGGCAGGAGGAGCACCAGCGGCAGCUCAGGGGGGAGGAGGAGAGGCGGAGGAUGAAGGAGGAGAUCGAGAAGAGGCGGAUGGAAGCAGCAGAGAAGCGACUGAAACACCUCAGCACUUCAAGUGCUGAAGGAGAGGAGCCUUUCAGCCCCCUCACCCCCAAAAGCCCGACUUUUAAGAAUGAGAGUGAGGAGAGGGUGACAGCAGAAAAUACUUACUCGAUAACGGAGAGAACAGAAUCUUUGAAUCGGUCCUUGAAGAAAAGUAAUAGUGUUAAGAAGACACAACCCCCUGUGCCCAUCUCCAAGAUUGAUGACAGGCUGGAGCUGUACACUCAUGCCAUUGAGAGCUCCACCAAAGAGACAAGAGCAGCAAAACAGGCUGUGGUGGACAUUCCUAGCCCUUCUGAGCCUAUCUCCUCCAAGAAGAGUCUGUUUGAGGCAGAAGCUUGGAGUCAGUCAUCAGCCAAAGGAACACCAUCCAAGGACACAGAAGGACUAAAGGUUGGAGUGGCUGACCUGAUCACACAGUGGGUGAAAGGAACCGAUGACUGCAGCACCAAGAACUCCCCUUCCAAACCAGCUGACUUUAAAGUGGGUGAUGUUUUGCACAAGAAAAGCUUGUGGGAGAUAAAAGGAGAUUCUGCUUCAUCAGUAAAGACCGCUUCAGUCAUGAAGGGUACUCCUUCUGGUAAAAGGUACAAAUUUGUUGUUACUGGACAUGGAAAAUAUGAGAAGGUCCCAAUCUCUGAUAAUGACCACAAUGAAUGUACAAAUGGAAAAUCAACUGGAUUAAGCCAAGAAGACUUGUGAAAAUUUGAAGACUAGUGCAGAACCCUAAAAAGCAUUGGAAGUCUUUCUUAAUUUAUGAAUUGUAUUGAUUCACAAGAAAUUUGUAGUAGAUACUCUCCGUACAUUUUACUACUGUCUUUUCUGCUGUCAGGUCAUAUUAACAUUAAACAGUAGUGAUUUUAAGGAAUUAAACUAAUGUCUACAAGAUACAAUUUACAAAAGUACUCUGUACCUUUCCACCAUAGUCAAAAAAACGAGUUUGUUAAUUCUGUAUUUUACAAGCUAUGACUGAGAAUAUGUUGUUUUUAAAAUAAUAUACUAAAAUGAAAAAAAAAACACUUAGUAAAAUUGUCUUGUUUUGUAUUUUUAUUGAGAAUGUCAUGUUAACUGGAUAGUUGGAAAUGUUUGUAUAUAUAUGGUAUUUCUACCAUGUAACAGAAUUUGUUUUUUGCUUUAGUGAAUUGUUCCCCAAGCAACUACAGUUUGAUUAAUAACCCUGGAUUUCAUUCCUUAAGCCCCUGUAAGACCAAUAGUUUAUCCAUGUAAUAAAUCUAUAGCCUAUUAAACAAGUGACUGAAGCAGUGUUAAACUAAACAUACAUCUUUUUAAAAAAUCAAGUAAAUCACAAGAACAUGAAGGCAUAGACAAGAGGAGACCAUUCAUUUAUUCCACCUAGCUUGUCUGGUUUCUAGUAGAAUGAUCCAAAGAUAUCAUCAAGCCAUUCCCUGAAAGACGUUUGUGUUCCAACUUCAAUCGUAUGGCUGGAUGACUUGUUCCAGAGCCCCCAAACCCUUAUUGGUUUCUCGGUUUUAAAUGCUCUUGUUUUCCACUCAUGUUCUCUGGUUCUACUCUUCAUUUAAAUUUAUGACUUGCUUUGCAUGUUGUUUAUUAUAAGCUGAAACAGAGUUCUGGCUGCUGUUUCAUUCUUACUAAAGCGCACAUUAUCUCAUGUUUUUUUUUUCCUUUUGCAAUAAGACAGUUGGGAGCUUGUUUGAAAUAAAAUAAUGUUUGUCACAA